UGUCAAGUGAGAACUCUAGAAAACCUUAGUCCAACGUGAAUCUUAUCUAAAUACGAAACUUCAAACUGCUCUCAAUUUUCAACAAAAUAUUUUAAAAAUACAUUUAUAAAAUUGUUGUACUUAUUUCCAUUAAUUUUUUCAAAUUUGUUUCCAAAAAUGUCCAAAGACUUUCACAAGGCGAUGGAAGAGGUGGUGACCCGUAAUGCGGACAAUACCAAUCGGAUUAUGGAGCAGGCCCAGGGAUACGUUGUCUCCGAGAAUGCGACGGACAGCCUUCUCCAUACUUCGUUUGAUCUAACCACCGCCCAGGGUGUGAUUAAGCACCUGAACUCCAGCUUCCUAAAGCUGGCCCAGAGUUGCGUUCGUGACAUAGAUCCCGCCGAUCAUCUGUGCUAUAUGCGCAUCAAAACCCGCAAACAUGAGUUUCUCGUUAGUCCGGAACAGGCGUUCACCGUUACUGUGCAAUUUUAACCCCACCGACCACUAAAAAGGUUAAUAUUACUCGAUGGCUGCUGUUGCUGUGAUUGAAGGGAAGGAGUAGAUGGAAAAAUAGAAGAUACGAGACACCCACACAUACAAACAAACCACACGCUGCGUGUGUUGCUGUCGCUAUUGCUCGUGGCCAGAGCUUUUGCUGUUGCUGCUGGCGUCGAGAUCAGGAAAAUCGGCAGACAUAAAUCUCAAAAAGCCCAAAACUAAACGAGCCAUAAAAUUAUGAACAAAAUCUUUAUGCGUGUGACUGGCGAAACUAAAUUAUGUUUAUUAUGUAAUUAAGAUGUUAGCAGAGAUGCUGGCCCAACAACGUUAGUAAAGCAGACUUAAAACAGACAAAAAUCGCAAAAGCG